CUCAAGUUCAUCACUUGUGUCUCCUUGCCUUUCAAGGCCUGCAGCGCCGAGGGCGAGAUGGCCAACACAAUGGAUUCUUCACGUAUAUUCGUGCGGAACCUACCGCCCAACAUCACCGAGGUGGACUUUCGAAAGCAUUUUGCGUCGAAGGGUCAAGAAAUCACAGACCUUAAGCUGAUACCGAAGAGGAGGAUUGGAUACGUGGGCUUUAAAAGCCCCCAGAUCGCAGCCGAUGCUGCAAAGUAUUACAACCGGUCUUACAUUCGGAUGUCCAAGAUUGCAGUUGAAAUAGCUCGACCGAUCUCCGACCCAUCCCUUCCUGCCUCCAAGAAGGUGGUCACCGCACAAGCAAUCGUUGCAGCCCACACAACAGAGAAGGAAGCAGCGCGUGCGGCAAAGCCAGACGCGGAAUCAGCCCCGAAGAAACAAAAGAGGAAGCGAGAUGAGCUCGACAUGGCAGACCCAAAGCUGAAGGAGUAUUUGGAGACAAUGAACCUGAAGCCAGGCGGUGCCGCCGCCGAGUCAUCAGCCAUGAUCGUUGAUACCGAUCAAGCUGGGACUAAACCAAGCGAAGCUCUGGUGGGAUUGGAGAAUGAGAGUGAUGAUGAAUACGAAGAGAUCCCGACCCGUCCAGUCAAGAGACAGGCUGUAGAGGCUAAGGACAAUACAGCAGCCGUUGUGGUGAAAGCAGCGCCAGCUGAAGUCCCUCCUCCAGAAGCACCAGCUCCUCAUGAAAGUACCGACACACCGGCUCAGGUUGAUGUGACACCGGCAACUGAUGACGACUGGCUUCGAUCACGGACAAACCGGCUACUUGAUUUGAUUGAUCCGGAUGACCCCAAAGCAUUGCAGCCUGUACCCGCUGAAGAGCCGGCACCAGUUCUCGAGGCAGCCCCUGAAACGGACCAGCCUCCUCGAGAUGAAAUGCAAGAUGAGAAACCCAAACCUGUACCGGAGAAGAUCCAAAAGGAUGAUCCGGUAGAAUCUAUCCGCAAGACAUCGCGACUAUUUGUGCGAAACCUGCCCUAUAGCGCCACCGAAGAUGACUUGAAGUCUGUCUUUGGCGCAUUCGGCCCCCUUGAUGAGAUACACUUAUCUCAUGCUGGGCGUGAAGGCACGAGUAAAGGGAUAGCCUUCAUUCAGUACUCUGAAUCUUCAUCGGCCGUCGAGGCAUUCCAAAAGCUGGACGGGUGUGACUUUCAGGGGCGAAUCCUGCACGUGCUACCCGGCCAGGCCAAAAGAGUGCUAGACGAGUACGCAAUAUCCCAGCUGCCACUCAAGAAGCAACAACAAAUUAAAAGGAAGGCCGAGGCAGCAACGAAGCGCUUCAAUUGGAAUGCGCUUUAUAUGAGCCAAGAUGCCGUCAACGCGGCGGUGGCGGAGCGUUUGGGUGUCUCGAAAUCAGUUUUGUUUGAUCCCUCGUCCUCAGAUGCAGGUGUCAUGCAGGCAAUUGCAGAGACCUCGACCAUUGAAGAAGUCAAAUCCUACUUUGCCUCCAACGGAGUGGAUCUGGACGCUUUCAGACACAAGGAACGGGGCGACACGACCAUCUUGGUCAAAAAUUUCAGCCAUGGUACCACGGCGGAUGAGCUUAGGAAAACAUUCGAGGAGUAUGGUCCUCUGACGCAGGUAUUGAUGCCUCCAAGCGCAACCAUAGCUAUUGUGCAGUUUUCUCAUGCGGCACAUGCCAAGACUGCAUUCAAGAAGCUUGCGUACUCCAAGUUCAAGUCCUCGCUGCUAUAUCUGGAGAUGGCACCCAAGGAUGUGUUCAAGAAUGUGCCCGAGUCAACUGCACAGGAGCAAGGCAAGCAGAAGAUGUCGGUCACGGAGCUGUUGGAACGUGAUGACGCAGAGGAACAAGGCGAGACGACGUCACUCUUUGUCAAGGGUCUCAACUUCGCCACUACGACUGAGAAGCUGGCCGAAACCUUCCAGUCACUGGAAGGCUUUCUUUCUGCCAGAGUAAAGACAAAGACGGAUCCCAAGAAGCCUGGCCAAGUGCUCAGUAUGGGCUUCGGGUUCGUAGAGUUCCGUAGCAAGGAGCUUGCACAAGCUGCGCUCAAAGUCAUGGACAAUUACAAUCUCGAUGGCCACACACUAACGGUGAGGGCGUCGCACCGAGGACUCGACGCGGCUGAAGAGCGGCGUCGUGAGGACAAGGCCAAGAAACAAGCGGGUCAGCGAACAAAGAUUGUCAUAAAGAACCUGCCGUUCGAGGCAACCAAGAAGGACGUGCGGACUCUAUUUGGGACAUAUGGACAGUUGCGCUCUGUCCGGGUACCCAAGAACUUUGAGAACCGCACGCGUGGUUUCGCAUUCGCAGAGUUCACGACGCCCAAGGAGGCUGAGAACGCGCUCAAUUCUCUCAAGAACACGCAUUUGCUGGGCAGGAAAUUGGUGCUUGACUUUGCCGAGGCCGAGGCGGUUGACGCUGAAGAGGAGAUUGCCAAGAUGCAGAAGAAGACGGAGGGACAGGCCAACAAGGUUGCACUCCAAAAUCUUAUAGGAAAAGGACGGAAGAAGGUGACUAUUGGGCAAGAUGAAGAGGGCGAUGAGAUGUAG